UUCCAUCGCUCCACAGCAAGCGGUGUCGCUGCCUCACCAACAAACUCGCCAUGUUCUCCUUUCCCAACGCGCCCUCCUUCUUCCUCCUCCUCCUCGUCCCUCUCCUCUUUCUGCUCUCCCCCGCUUCCGGCGCUGGGUCCCCUUCCUCGUUGUCGAACGGCACUACCGUUUACGACCUCCUCCCGGAGUACGGCCUGCCGCCAGGCAUCCUCCCGGACACCGUCAAGUCCUUCUCCCUCGCCUCCGGCGGCCGGUUCGUCACCAAACUCUACGGCGCCUGUUACGUCGACUUCGAGUACGUGGUGUACUACGAGCCCCGCGUGUCGGGCGUCGUCAAGUACGGCGCCAUCGAGGAGGUCCAGGGCGUCCAGAUCCGCCGCUACCUCGUCUGGUUCAACGUCGACACCAUCAGGCUCGACCCCUCCUCCUCCGACUUCAUCUACUUCGAAGGCAGUUGGAUCUCCCUCAAGCUCCGGAUCGACCAGUUCCAGACCGUGCACUCUUGCAGGGGCAGCCUCUCGCUGCUCGGCCGCGCCAAGGAGGUCGCCCGUUCCAUGUUCGAGAGCAUUUUCGCACCUCAACUUUGAUGGAGUAAUGUGAGAGAAAAACCAGUAUGCUAAUGAAUGGAAAGCCUGAAGCUCUAAGAACUCGUGAGAGAAGUAAGCAUGCUGGCCAUGAUAUAUGGAUAAAGCUAGAGACUAGUUGAUGGUAUGUGUCUAUUGGAGUCUCUCUAUAAGUUCUUCUCUUAAGAAAUUGCUGUGUGUGGCUAAUGAGUAGUCUGUUGUUCCAUAAUCAAAACCUUCUGAGAAGAACCUAUGUAACUAUGAAUUUAAUUAUUCGAAUGGUUAUAUUUUAGUUGUUUAUUGUUAUUUACUAA